GGACGUGGAUGUAAGCGUGAUCGGGAAGGACUGGGGUGCACACGCACACUAGACAAAGAAGCAUCGGGGUCCUGAGGGAUGGGGCUCACCACGGGGCCGAACGGAGCUCGUGCAGCCCCUCAGAAAAGCUUGCGUCGAGUGUGGCAGCGGGGAGGUCGGGACUCAAAGGUAAAGCAUCGGGGGGGCACGAUGGAGGGCGAGCACAGCGCGCCCGCCUCCAGUGCCAGCAGCAGCACGGGUACCAGUACCUCCACCACAAACUCAACGGGCUCCACGGCCAGCUCCACCAGCAGUGGAAGACAAGCCAUUCCCCAGAUAUCUGUGUACAGCGGCAUUCCUGACAGACAAACUGUGCAGGUGAUCCAGCAGGCCUUGCAGCGGCAGCCCAACACAGCGGCGCAGUACCUGCAGCAGAUGUAUGCGGCUCAACAGCAACAUCUGAUGCUACAGACGGCCGCAUUACAGCAGCAGCACCUCAGUACAGCGCAGCUGCAGAGUCUGGCAGCGGUGCAGCAGGCUAGUUUUGCAGCCGGUAGACAGAGUUCAAACCAGAACGGGACCUCUUCUACUCAGAGCGGACCGUCGCAGACCACAAUUAAUUUAACCACUUCCCCCGCCGCUGCUCAGUUGAUCAGUCGCGCUCAGAGCAUAAACUCCGCCCCCUCUGGGAUCUCCCAGCAAGCUGUGUUGCUAGGCAAUGCAUCCAGCUCCACCUUGACAGCGAGCCAAGCCCAGAUGUACCUGCGGGCACAGAUGGCUCAGCAAAGCAACCUGGUACAUGUGGCCAGGAGUCUGGGCCGAGCCGUUCCUCUCUCCUCACAGCUGAUCCUCGCACCUACAGCCACAGUAACCGCUCUGCAGUCCGACACUAAUGCAGUCAACAGCACACAAUCUGCAUCUGCACAGGUACAAAAUCUCACCUUGCGCAACCAGCAGGGGGCGUCUUCCACCUCUGCGGGCCUUCAGGCUCUGAGUUUAAAGCAGACCCCGGUCUCCAUCCAACCCACCCCGCUCAUCAAGACCCCCAGCUCAGGUGCCGGAGCCGGGAGGAGCAACCUGACCACGGCUUCCUCAGAGGACAAGAAGAAAGGAGAGAUUGAAGCACAGACGGAAAUGAAAGCGUUGAACAUGAGCCGUAGUGUCUCCUCUUCACAUCACCUGAUCGCACCAGCGUACGCUCAGAUCCAGCCCCAGGCCCUGAUUAAACAACAGCCUCAACAGUUUAUCAUUCAUCCACAAGCCCCGCCCACUUCCAGAACCCAGCCCCAAUUACUACAGACCGCCUCCGUCCAGCCUCACCAACAAACAGCCUCGUUGACCAUCCAGAACACCACCCAGACCACCACCAUAGCAGGGAUCAUUCCGGUUCUCCCCAAACCGGCACUUUACACCCAGGGAUCAACGCAAAGUCAACAUGCUACCAUCUUCCAUUCCACCAUUAGCCAUCAUGGCAUCAGUCAACAUGGCUCUCACUCGGGCCUGGCGCACGCCAAAGCGCAACCGGUGCAGCUGACAGCCAUCAACCUUCAGAUCCAACCCGCACAAAGCCAGGCUUCAAGACUAGCUCAGGAUGAUAAGGAUAAACCCACAUCUUUGGUUUUAAGAGAGAUUUGCCCACCGGUGCAAGUGCAUCCGACUACAACAUCCCAGGGCACAGACCCUCCAGAACAACCCAAAGCUGAAACUGCUAACGCUACGUCUCAAACGCAAGCCUCCGUGGAGACCGCGCGCGAACCCGCGGGAGCGCAGGUGACCCCGGCCAUGACCUCGGGAGCCUCGAACGAGCCGCCGGCAGUCGUGACUGGAAGCGCACCGCAAAACGGCGAGAACAAACCGCCUCAGGCCAUAGUAAAGCCGCACGUGCUGACGCAUGUCAUCGAGGGCUUUGUUAUCCAGGAGGGAGCCGAGCCAUUUCCAGUGGAGAGACCUCCUGUUCGGGCAGACAGCCCCAAGAAACCAGACACUCAGCUUCCCUCUGAUCCAGAGAAAACCACCAGCAGUAAUUCCUUCAGUGCCACAAACUCAGACGCAGAGGAGACUGGACCACAAGACACAAUAGCUCAGGAGGAGCCGGACGAGCCCAAGCUCACCUGUGAACUCUGUGGAUGGGUCGAUUUUGCCUACAAAUUUAGGGGGUCAAAACGGUUCUGUUCCAUGGUCUGUGCUAAAAGGUACAAUGUUGGUUGCACAAAGCGGAUUGGUCUGUUCCACCCGGACAGAACUAAAACAGCCAAUCGGUGGAGGAGGAGAUCUCACAGUCACAGAGGCAGGGAGGCCAAAAAACAGAGGCUCUCUGUGUCUCAGCAAUCUCAGGGCGAAUCUGUGUCCUCGCCACUUCAAUCGCAGCCCAGUCAAGGAGAAUCCAGCCCCUGUUCAGAUAUCUCCAGCUAUGAGGAGGCAACGUCUCCGCUCUCAGCAGCCAGUUCUGGACCAAUCGGGUCUCAGGGUGGGGUCGUCGCUAAUGAUCCCGAAGAACUUCCUCUCCUCCGUCAGCACUUCCUGCCGUGUGACCCCACCAAAUGGAACGUGCAAGAGGUGUUUGAGUUUAUCCGCUCUUUGCCCGGUUGCCAGGAGAUUGCAGAUGAGUUUCGUUCUCAGGAGAUCGACGGACAGGCCAUGCUGCUAUUGAAGGAAGACCACCUAAUGAGUGCCAUGAAUAUUAAAUUGGGACCCGCCCUGAAGAUCUUCGCCCGCAUAAACAUGCUAAAAGAUUCCUAGUCUAAACUUGACACCCCAACUGCACUACAACAUUUUUAAAAUAUAUAUAAAUAAAUACAGUAUAUCUUUGUGAAGUGUAAACCUGCACGUCCUCGUCACAAGAACUGAAGUGAAUUCAGGCAGAAAAUGACUGGCCUACCUAUGAAGAAUCGCACAAAUGAUUUAUACCAAAUGGGUGGAUCGUAAAUUGAUUUAAAAAAUGAUGGCUCAGAGAUUUGUGACUAGCGGGUGAUGUGGCUUAACCUGGUGCUCAUAAAUAUUUGUGUAUUGAAGAUGAAACGCGUCUGAAGCCCGAACAGAACCAUGAUGUGGGUUCAUAAUCCCACAUUCUGCAACAGAUACUGUAUAUCUGAACUGUACAUUAUUUUUUAUUGUUUUCAGGUAUGACUUUUAUUCUCACGUCUUAUUGUACAUGGCAGAUGCUUUUGUAUAAAUGUUGAAGUAAAUUAUUCUUACCUUUGUGUGUGAGUACUUGUUACAGGGUUGUAUCGCAGCAAAUCGGUGCUAUUUAUCUGUCACGGUUGCUUUCAGAAAGCUUGAAUAAUAGAAGCACAGAAACAUUAUUCAGUUUUGAACCUAAAAAAGUAUGCCAACAGUUUGGAAACGUUCCUGUCAGCGUCACCUCAUGCUGUGUGUCAGUACAGACAUGCUCAAUCCUUCUUAACCUGGUUCUGAGAUGCACAUGAGAUUGUAUUUAACUUGGACAUUGAUGAUGCUGUGUGGUUUAAAUCGUGCUCGGAUUUGUCAUUGUAUGUUGAUAGGAUUGUGAUGUGUUUUUGUUUAGUACAAUGCUUUGUGAAAUGCCUGUAUUUAUCAGAUGAAUCAAAUUUGUAAUAUAACAUUUUUUAAUGAAG